AUGAAGAAAUAUCGUUAUCUGGUUACUUUUUGUUUACUAUUUCCACUUUUAGAUUUCGCAAACUUAGAAAGUUUGCAAAACAAACUUUUAUCGCGCAGAAAAAGAUAUUUGACUUUUCCCGAAGGAGCUAGCGUUUCGGCAGCAGCGUGCAUGACUGCACAACUGUGGAUAAAUCCCAGAGGUAUAUUUACAGAAAGUAUUGCUUGGGGUUUGGCGUACGACUUACCGAACGACACGAAAUCAUUGAGCAGUUUCUUGGGGCCGAGAUUUUUAGCGAAACGUCGACAUCGAAGAGAUUUGUAUGGAAAAAUGGAAACAUUAAUGGAAUCGAUGGGUUAUAAUGGUCGUACCUGCAUUUUGAGAACUGUUUGUGAAGCAUCGCAACGAUUCCUUCCUAAAGAAGAUAAUCUUCUGGAUCAUAUCCUUAAAUUAAUAUUUAAAAUAGUAUAUGUAAUUAAAUGGGCUGGGCGUACAGGAUCUAGCGAAAUACGAAAAUUAACAAGAUUAAGAUACUGCAGCGGCUGA